GUUAGUCCUCACUGGGCAUAGCGUCUGUGCGGUCGUCGGCACCCACCCUCCUUUGUCCGUAAUCUAUACAACCCUGUCUCCUAAGAACUUAACUUUUGAAACGCGCUUACUCACCUCAUGAUCACUUAAACACAGUUUCAAAUUUUAAUAGAAAAAAAAAUACGUUGAAUAAAAUUUAAAAAAAUAUAAAUUUAAGGAAAUAUUCGAACUAAAGUUGGAAAUUUCGCAUCUCAAGAGAUCAGCAGCGGAGGAGGCGACUACAUCGUUCGAUUGAUAGCUGAAAGGGAAAGGAACAAACAUUUAGAAACGGUUCAUUUAGUUUGAAAAGUGUAACGGCUAUCCUCGCUGAAGAUCAUCUUGUCGACGUCGUCAUCAUCGUCGAAGGAUCCCAGAGUCUUUAACGUUCUCCCUCUCGUCCCGGAUUUAAUUAGAGACCCGUCGGCUUUCCAAGGUGGAACGACUUGUAUCUACUAAGAUUCAACGCAGAAAGAAGAGCCCUUCCCUCUACCCCAAACCAACACAUACACGACUAAACAUGGAAUUGGACAAAUCACAAAACGAUGACCCAAAUGUCACACUCACGAUCAGACUUAUUAUGCAAGGAAAGGAAGUUGGAAGCAUUAUUGGGAAGAAAGGGGAAAUUGUGAAAAGAUUUAGAGAAGAGUCUGGUGCUAAAAUCAACAUAUCUGAUGGAUCAUGCCCAGAAAGGAUUGUCACAGUCACUGGAUCAACAAACUCUAUAUUCAAAGCAUUCACUUUAAUCUGUAAAAAAUUUGAAGAGUGGUGUUCCCAGUUUCAGGAUUUGAAUAGUGGAGGAAGCGGUGUACCAAAACCGCCUAUCACAUUGCGAUUGAUUGUACCAGCCAGCCAAUGUGGGUCUUUGAUCGGCAAAGGAGGUUCCAAAAUUAAGGAGAUCCGAGAGGUCACAGGUGUAUCUAUCCAGGUCGCUUCAGACAUGUUGCCUAACUCGACGGAGAGGGCGGUCACUAUUUCAGGCACGGGAGAGGCCAUCACACAAUGCAUCUACCACAUCUGCAAUGUGAUGCUCGAGUCCCCUCCCAAAGGAGCAACCAUCCCCUAUCGCCCCAAACCCCAAGUCGGUGGCCCUGUGAUCCUUGCCGGUGGUCAGGCUUAUACCAUCCAAGGCAACUACGCCGUCCCUGCCCAUACAGACGUAAGUAAUACUUUUCCUCCCUUACCUCUCGGCCAUCCGUUGGCUGGUGCUGUAGCACCGCUCAUGCCUCUCGAGCCCCUCAAGAACGGACACUUGCAGGCCGCCCUUCCGCCCGCGCACCUCAUGCCAGAUAUGGGCGCUCUUGGUAAGAGUCCAUUGGCAGGCUUGGCCGCGUUGGGACUGGGAGGUCUCACGCCGGCCAACACUGGUGGAUUAAACCCUGCAGCACUAGCUGCAUUGGCAGGAUCUCAACUGAGGACAUCAAACUCGAGGAACCAGCAAAACUCAAAUCAGCAAACUCAUGAGAUGACAGUGCCCAAUGAGCUGAUUGGAUGCGUGAUCGGCAAAGGCGGUACCAAGAUUGCCGAGAUUCGCCAGAUCUCUGGAGCAAUGAUCCGGAUCUCGAAUUGCGAUGACAGGGAAAGCGGUGUCACAGAGCGCACCAUCACGAUUUCUGGAAAUCCCGAUGCCGUCGCUCUCGCUCAAUAUCUCAUCAACAUGAGUGUUGAGCUGCAGAAAGCUAACCUUGAGGCCCAAAACUCCCCGAACACUGGCACUUCCAGCCAGUCAUCUGCCUCUCCCUUGGCCAGUGCUAUCCCCCUCGCCCAGCUGUUGGCCAAACCCGGCGCUCUCAACGCCCUAACCAGUUUGAGCGCCCUGGGGGGUCUAACAGAGCUCUUGGGCGCCCAAGGCGGCUCUCCCCCCGUACAAACGACCGGAGUGCAUCGCAGUCACAAGAGCAGUUACACGCCGAGGUUGAAUUCGUCCAGUGGACCAUCAGAGAGUUCCAAAUUAAAAUCAGAACGCAAUAAGUUCAAUCCGUAUUAAUUCAGAUAAACAACCAAGCGAAAUCGGUGAAACUUAUAAUUAGAUAUUAGAGAAGAAAAAAUAUGCAAAGGAGCGACAAAGAAAAACACAGAUUUUUAAAAA